CAACCUUUCCACACUUUUUUUUUAAAUUCAAUAAAUCUGCCAGCUUUUGAUAUAAAUACAGAUUUUCCUUGUCUCUCCAAACAGUUUUUCUCAAACUCAAAGAAUAUUUUGCUUUGCUAAAGGAGAAUGAUGAUGAACAGACUACUACGGAUAUAUGUUUUCUUUUUUACUUGCACUGUCAGCUUGUGCUCUCAAAAUGAGCAAAAUGAUGAAUGUCAACAACCUACUUACUGUAGCCGGUUUAAAGCGCACUCAGACAUGGUAUCAAAAGCCGAUUGGCUUUCAAAAAUUUCAAACUCAGAACAUACCUGGUUUGUUAUUUACGGUUAUGAGCUAAACUCUCCACAUACAUAUGGUAAAUGCCAACAGAGAUGGAAUCCACCAGACAAUAACGACAAAUUUCAACGGAAAACAAAUUGCUUCAAUAUAAAUACCAACCAAUGCCAAAGAUUUGAUGCCGAAAUGAGAAUAACAGAAGAUAAUUGUGGCCGUGCAACUGAACGAGGACUAAAGAAUUCCAAAACUGAACUGAAGUUCUAUAGUCAGGAUCUCGAAACAUAUUUCUGGUUCUUUGUCUGCUAUGUAUUUGAUGCGGAUGACAAUUGUACUUUGGGUUAUUUGGACCUAAACGUUAGUGAGAAGCGAUUUUCAGGAGAUGAGAAUUCUGUAAUGAACCUUAAUGGGUUGCCUUGGGAACUCAUAUCGGCAGAUCUGCUGAUCAACUUCAACCUCACCUUCGCUGAUCCAAGGGUGGAGUUCAAAUGGUUUGGCACUGAAUGUCCUGCGUAAAACGGUUCUCGCGACACUUUGUAUUAAGGACUAACAAAUGAUAAUGUCAGUAAAGAAAUAGUGAUAAUGAACAUUGAUUUCAAAUGAUAAUAAAGAAAUAUUACGAAUUCGUAAUA